CGAUCUCUCGCACACGGCUCAGUCUGUUGUGAGGUCUUCUCAGACGCACACCGUAGCAGCGUCUCUCUCUCUCUCUCUCUCUCUCUCUCUCUCUCUCUCAGAGCAACAAAUACUCUACAUAAUUUGCAGUUCCACUAAAUUGUAUUAGGAUUAUUAUUUUUCGUCAGCAAGAAAUAGAAACAAUAUACGCCGUGAACAACUUGCUUCCGCGGUGAGAAUGUAAAUUGAUCUGUGGUUUAUUAAGAAUCCCAAAACAUCCAACUCUUCAACACUUAUAUAUUCUCUGAUUGACUGAGAUGAGAACUGCUGAGGAGUCUUCUAGCACGGUCCUGCACCGUCUAAUCCAGGAGCACCUCCGUUACGGGAACCCCACAGACACCACUACCCUCCUGGCCAUUCAGCAGCAGGCCAUCCAGCAGCAGGCCAUCCAGCAGCAGGCCAUCCAGAAGCAGGCCCUGCGUGGAGGCAGCAACAGCAGCAGCGGAGGAGGAGGAGGUACCGGAUCACCCCGCUCCUCCCUGGAGAGCCUGACCCAGGAGGAGUCCCAGUUCAUCCACAUGUCCACCAGACAGGAUCCCCAGGGUCAGGAAUACAACCACUUUGAGAGUGACUCUGUGUGUCAUCUCUACCAGCUUCACAGACACGGAGAGGAGUUACCCACCUAUGAGGAAGCCAAGGCCCACUCUCAGUACCUGGCCACGGUAGGGGCCCACCAGGGUCAGCGUCAGCUUGGUCUGAGACCUGAGAUGAUGGAUCACCGGGGAGACGGCCAGUGGGACCUGAAACGGAAGCACGCCCGGACUCUCAGUGAACGUCUCAUACAGCUCUCCCUGGAGAGAUCAAGUGGAAACAUUCAACCUCUCAGUUCCUCUUACAGUUACCCUCAACUGUCUAAUGGCCACUCUGGGCCUGUUGAACACCAGGGGCCAGAGUUUCUUCAGUAUCCUGAUCAGAGGGGACCUCCCCCGGACUACCCCUUCCUGGUUAGGCCUCCUGGAUACAUGCUCGGCCACUCACAGGAGACACACGGACAAUUCCACCAGGAACCUCCUCCCUCAUUCCAAUCACAGCACAGGUACAUACAUUCCCAGCCCCAGGCUGAGAUCGUUCGACACAGUGUCCACUAUGAUCCAGAGGUCUACAUGAGCCACAGCAACCCCAGUACUCACAACAACACUGCCCAAAUGGACCUGUUGAGGGAGAAUGAGAGACUAAGGAAAGAGUUGGAGGUGUACAGCGAGAAGGCUGCUAGACUUCAGAAGCUGGAAGUAGAGAUCCAGAGGAUAUCUGAGGCCUACGAGACCCUGAUGAAGGGCUCAGCCAAGCGAGAGACCCUGGAGAAAACCAUGAGGAACAAACUGGAGUCAGAGAUCAAGAGACUACACGACUUCAACAGAGACCUCAGACAUCGUCUGGACACCGUUACCAAACAGCAGGAGGUUGAAUCGGCAGACGAGAAACAGCAGGUCUUCACCGAACUCCUGGAACAAAAUGAGGAACAGCAGAGGGAGGUGCAGCGUCUGCGUGGUUCCGGGGAGGUUCUGGAAUUGGCCCUUGGGUCGGCGCAGGCCCGUAACCUGGCCCUGGAGGAGGAGCUUAGGAGGAAGAGGGCGUACGUAGAGAAGGUAGAACGGCUACAGAGUGCCCUGGGUCAGCUACAGGCAGCCUGUGAGAAGAGAGAAGCCCUGGAACUGAGGCUGAGGACCAGGCUGGAGCAAGAGCUGAAGAGCCUCCGAUCAGCACAGUCCCACAGCACGGCUAGCGGUCCUGGCUCCCUACCCUCCGAUCUGAGCUCCAUGGUGUCUGUACAGCAGCAGCUGGCUGAGAGAGAAGAGAGGAUCCUGGCUCUGGAGGCUGACAUCACACACUGGGAACAGAAGUACCUGGAGGAGAGCACCAUGAGGCAGUUCGCUAUGGACGCAGCCGCUACGGCUGCAGCUCAGAGAGAUAGCAGCAUCAUCAAACACUCGCCUCGUCACUCACCCAACAACAGCUUCAACGACCACCUGCCUUCCAGCCACAGACAUCAGGAGAUGGAGAACAGGGUCCGAGCGCUACACUCCAGGCUCCUGGAGAAGAAUGCAGUGAUCAGGGUGUUACAGCAGCGGUCUGGACGGGAGCAGAACAGGCUAGUUCAGCAGGCCCUCCGUCCUGCCAGGUCCGUCCCCUCUAUCAGCACCGAGCAACAUUACCUCCGUCCAGCCAGGUCCGUCCCCUCUAUCAGCACCGAGCAACAUUACCUCCAUCCAGCCAGGUCCAUCCCCUCUAUCAGCACCGAGCAGCAGGACCUCUGUCCAGCCAGGUCCGUCCACUCCAUCAGCACCGAGCAACAUUACCUCCGUCCAGCCAGGUCCAUCCCAUCCAUCAGCACCGAGCAGCAGGACCUCCACCCUGCCAGGUCCGUCCCCUCCAUCAACACUGAUGGCCCAGUGGAGCAACCCAUCCGGGGGAAAGGGAAGAGCCUCUCUGAUGACCAGACGGCUGCUGCAAUGUCUCCUCUCUCCCUGCCCAAACACCAACACCACUGCGCCCCAUUGGCCCUGCCUGCCCUGUUGCUCCUGUCCAAGCCCCAGAGCAGGGACUGCAGCACCCAGUGUGAUCAAGAUGUCCUAGCCCAGGAGACGGAUCUUACAGUGGAUCCCACCAUCAUGCUGGCACCCUCUGAGGCUUCCUCGACCUCAACACCUACCUCCGAUCACUUCCUGGCACAACUCAACACACACAGGAGCCUCAGUAGUUCAGACGCAGCAGCAGAAGUAGUGGAAAUUCUAAUUUAAGAAACAUUGAACGCCGAACUGUGGGAUCCGCUGUGGAUGGAUGGUGACAACACGGUAGACGACCCGAGAGAUCCUCGUGUCCUGUAUGUCCCUCCCAACGAGGAGAAGACAAACCUGUCUGUCUGUCUCUGGUCAGACUGACCUCCAGAUGGACACUUCCUUUGGAGAAAGACAGACAGUUUGGAGAAGGUUUGGAGACAUGGACAUGUGCUCCCUACCUACCUACCUACCUACCUACCUACCUACCUACCAGGGAAAGAAUCCAGAAGUGAAGCGAAGUGUUUAGCAGACAGAGCAGAGCGGAGAGCUGGACGUCCCUCGACUGUUUCUCUCUUUCCACCUAGAAAAGUGAAGAGGAACUUUUUAGUUGUCCGUGUUCUCUAGUGGACCUGCCAGGUACAACUAUGACAGUCUCCAUCUAAAGCCUCCAAGGUACACGGACAGGAUUCUGCAUCGCUGCACAGCCUGGAUGUCAUUGGUGUUUUAUUUAAUGUAUUUAUAUUCUUAUUAAAGUGUUGCUCAUUGUGUGA